CACACCACCACACCCCCCACAGACUCAUCCAUGCUUCCCAUCCGCGCAUAAUUUCCGGCAGGCUUGGUGAUGUUACGCUUUAGAAUUUUAUGGCGCCCAUGGGAUCUCGCAAGAGAGUAAAGCCCAGCCCGCCUGGUGUUGACUCUAAGUCCACCUCAGCGUCGAACAAUGGGGCUGCAUCGUUAUCCGCAGGCGGAGACCGUGCCGACUCGAGAAGCAAAGGCAGCGCUGCGAGUUGGUACCCUACGGUCUGGCCAGCGAGCUCCAAAGCAUCGAAAGCGGCCCCUGUUACCGAGGUUGCCCGUGAGAGCAUCUCCGCCGCUCACAACACAGCAUCCAAACUUACCUCCCUAUCCACCUCUCACCUCGAGCUCCCAAAGCAACUCCGCGGCUCUUCUCGCCAACUAACUCGCAAAGUCGGUGCAUCCACCAGGUCUCUUCCUGCCGACGCUGCAACAACCAAAAUUAACAUCGCAUCCGACGGUACUACUUUCACACCGGAGGAGGAUACUCGGUCCUGCCCACCUGGCAUAACACCGGAGCCAUCCGAGGAGGCAUCGAAAGACCAAGACCAAAACAAAGAUCAAGGUCCAGUAGCCACGGACGACGCUGCUAAGGGGCAAUCAGAUACUGCCCCUGAAACGACUGCUUCCAAUGAAAACCCCGAGGGUGCAGAUCAAGGUCGCCCGUCAAACCCCCAACCCGGUGGAUGGUUUUCUUGGUUAUAUGGCCCGUCAGCAGCCGAAAAGCCUACCCAGAAGGAGCCAGCGGCGGAGUCCAGUGGAGAACAGCCCACCGAACCCCAGAAUCUAAAGGAGGAAGAGACCACAGCGGAAGAUCCGGGCGAAGAAGAGCAGGAUAAGACAGAUCCGGAUAAGCCUGCGGAAGUGACAGAAGUGACAGAGGAUCCGCGGACGUCCCACAAACGUUCUUGGCUCCAGAUGUGGUACGGUGGCUCAUCGUCCAAAGGGCCGGAGGAACCUGCGAGCGAGCCCGCGAGCGAACCUUUAAAUGAAGCAGAUAAGCCGGCUCCACCAGAGGUGCAUACAGCGUCUGCACCUAGCCAAGACACUGAUAUGCAAGGGGCGGAAGACAGUUCGGUCAAAGCACCCGCUAAGGAUGCAAAACCUGCUGGAUGGUCUUUCUGGUUUAGAGACUCUUCGAAAGAUUCUAAUACAGGCACACCCCAGGAUAUCCAGACUGCAGAGGCCUCUGCAGCUCCGGACUCGGCUCUGAAGAAGCCAGCCGGUGAAACCGAAUCGGAACCAGAGUCCAGGGUCGAGAUCUCAAAGAAAGGAAGCGUGAAGCUAAAAACUCCGAAGAGCAGUUCUGCACUACUUGAUAAGUCCGCAUUGCGUCUGGACGCCGGCCUUAAUGAUUUGGGACCGGGACCGGGACCCUCCGAGGCAGCCGCUUCGAAACAACUGCGAAAAGUGUUGCCUAAUCAGGUCCUGCCACGGUUCCAAGAUACUUUUGCUUUGCAAGAAAGACCCAGUAUACUGCAAACUAUCGGACGCUACUUCCAGUACAACAAAGAAUCAGACAGCAAACAUGUAUAUAUGACGAAAGACCCGCCGCCGAUUAAAAGGGCGUUGGCCAUUGGGAUUCAUGGGUACUUUCCGGCUCCGUUGAUUCGAAGUGUAUUGGGCCAGCCGACAGGAACCUCGAUCCGGUUCUCGAACAUGGCCGCGGAAGCCAUACAUAGCUGGGCCGACGAGCGUGGCUACAAAUGCGACGUUGACAAAAUAGCCCUGGAAGGCGAGGGCCGUAUCGCGGAGCGUGUGGAUCUCUUGUGGAAGUUGCUACUCAACUGGAUGGAGGAAAUAAGGAAAGCAGACUUCAUCCUGGUGGCAUGCCAUAGUCAGGGUGUCCCCGUGGCGAUCAUGCUGGUCGCCAAGCUGAUCUCGUUUGGCUGUCUCAACGCAUCUCGUGUUGGUGUAUGUGCCAUGGCUGGCGUUAAUCUGGGCCCAUUUGCCGACUACAGGUCCCGCUGGAUCAGUGGAUCGGCUGGGGAGCUGUUCGAAUUCGCCCUGCCCUACAGCCAGGUAUCCAAGGACUACGAAUCAGCACUGAGAACCUGUCUCGAAUUCGGAAUUCGAAUAUCCUACAUCGGCAGCAUUGACGACCAGUUGGUUUCUCUGGAGUCCUCACUCUUCACACCAGUAACCCACCCAUACAUCUACCGGGCCGCCUUCGUCGAUGGCCGAGUCCACGCCCCCAGCUUCCUCUCCCACCUCGUCGGCUUCGUCCUCAAGCUCCGCAAUCUCGGCAUCUCCGACCACGGUCUCAUCCGCGAACUCAGCUCCCCUCUCGCAGGCAGCCUGUACAGCGGCGAAGGCCACUCCCGUCUCUACGACGACCCAUCCGUAUACCGCCUCGCCAUCGAAUUUGCCCUCGAAACCUCCACCAUCCACUCCACAUCCCUCCACAUCAAACGCACCCAACCCUCCCCCGCUAACCCAUACAUCCUCCCCUUCGCCAUGCGCGGCAUCCUCGAGGAGGAAUACGUCCGUCGCGAACUCCUCCAGGAAACCAUGGAACUGCUCCGCCAAUUCGAUGACUGGAAGCCCACUAGCAAGGUUCUCAAGGAUGUGAAGUUUCGGUUGGAGGGUAUAAGGUCGAAACUUUAGCAACAACUAACGGGGGGAAAAAAAAGGAAAGAAAGAAAGGAGAAAGAAAGAAGCAACGGACACAGGGCAGUGGAUAGAUAGAUUGGAUUGGAUUGGAUUGGAUUUGCGGUGUUUGGGGUUACGAUAAGUUGGUAGGUGGGUAGGUGGGUAGGGUUGUAUGUAGUAGAUAAAUUAUGAUAAGUGACCACCGUAUAGUAUUUAUUAUUUUUCUUUAGCUGGUAUUGAU